UGAGUCUUAAAUCUUCACAUCGUUAUUUGUUACAUGUACUGAUUUGGUAUAUAACUAUUGUUUUAAAACCAUUUGUGCUCGCGAACGGUUCGGUUAUCAUUGACAUGAACUACAACCGAUAUAUCGAAUGAUCUUUAAGGCAUUUACAUGAUCAGUGAUAAAGAAAUACUUGACUAAAUCAUGUUUAUGUAGUCGUUUAUCUGAACAGUUACAAAGUAUAACACUUCGUGUUCAAGGAAUCAGUAACUGUCGUUUAUUUAUGGGGGAGCAGCUCACAGAUGACGAGCUUCUUGAUUGUAAAAGGGCCUUUGGGCUGUAUGACCGGGACGGAGAUGGGUACAUAAGUAGUCGUGAACUAGGUGCGGUUAUGCGCUACAUGGGUUACACACCAACAGAUAAUGAGCUAACAGACAUGCUGAACGAAGUCGAUUCUGAAGGCCAAGGCGAGAUCACGUUCCCCGACUUCACCUCCAUUAUGGCGAAGAAGUUGAAGGAGUACGAGGGAGAGGAGUCCCUGCGGCUGGCGUUUAGGGUGUUUGACAAGGACGAUAACGGCACGGUGACGACUUCCGAUUUCCGUUAUAUGAUGGAGAACCUGCGGACGCCGGUGUCGGAGAGCGAACUCGAAGAUAUGAUAAGUGACGCGGAAAGGGACCACCCGGGGUUCAUCACCUACAAUGAAUUCAUUACUUGGAUCUCAGGAAGAUGAACGUGGACAAUAACUGCAACUUUUAAUAGAUUGUGUUUGCAUUUAAUAUGUAAAUAUUUCAACCAAUCAAUAAACUAUGAACACAU